AUGCCCGGUGUAUCAUGGAUGACACGCGAACAGUCGGCUUGGCUGAAAACUAAGGUGGAUGCAUUCCGCCUCAGCCAGCUGCAGGGCGAAACAACUGUCUUCUUUGCGAAUACAUCCCGUGAAUGGUUCGAGAACUGGCCUGAAGCUGCUGUGCAUUUCAAAGACAGCGAGACUGGUGUUCCACUUACCAAAUCCCAGUUAUCAGAAGAGCAGACAGUUGAAUUAGGAUUACAUCUCCAAAAACGUCGUUCCAAACUCCGUUCUUACUUCUACCGCAGCAACUCCGCCGCUGCGCAAGGACGAGUGACACAAUUCACUAAAACGAUUACGAAGCUCAUGGGCUCCACCACUGCUCGCACUCGUGGGCCGUCUGCUGUGGAAUAUUUUAUUCAAACCGAGUACAAGGACAACAACGCCGUCAAGGAUGAGAUCUCAUCUAAGAUAGCAUCAUGCACUCAACAAAAUCGCAUGGCCUUGCUUCGUACAGAAGCAACGAAGGCCAUGACUGCGCGGGGACAAGAAUAUGUGCUGAAGAUGGAGCGGGAGGCGAAAGCUGAAUGUGAGCUACGUGUGCAGAAGGCCAAGGCUGAGAUGGAGGCACUGUCUAAUCCCAGUGACUCUGCAAAGUUGCAAUGCAUUGAAGGGCUGGGUGGAUUGAUCGGACAACUUCUACAGUCCAUCCACGACACGACAGGUUGGAACGGGAGCGUGUACAUUGGGGGACCAGACCCUCGUGUAGGUGGGGAUCUUCGCGUUUACAGUUUCCACCAUGGGAAGGGUACUACCGGCCUCAACUUUCGUGAUACACUGCCUGACCAUCACGCACGAAUCAUCGAACCAUUCACUACUUUUUUGAAGGGCGCUUUUGCUGCUUCUGUCCAGGAGCGCAUCCCAGACUCGUCUCCCUCGAGUAUGGAUACUAUUGUGCCCCUUAUGGACACCUCCGUCCCCAUACUCGUCUCCGUCAGUAUGGAUACUAUCGUGCCGUCUCCAUCGAGUAUUGAUACUAUCGUGCCCCUUAUGGACACCACCGACUUCCUCGCUGCUCCGACUGCAACUCAAGAAGUGCCGCAUGCCUCGGCCGAUCAAUUCUUCCCCAUUAACCCCCCCAUUAACCCUUUCUCAUUUCAUCCUAUUGACGAUUCACUCAAUAUGUCGGGCGAGUUCUCAUUCGAUCCCAUUCCCGACGAUUCACUCAAUCUCAUUCCCGGCAAUUCUUUUCGAUCUGUCAAACGAGGCCCUUGA